AUGCAGUGCGAACAUUUUACCAAUUCGUUCGGUUCAAUAUCCGGCCGUCACGGCCGCAGCGUGAGCUUGACUGGCGAUACUCCCUUGCAGACGCAAAGCAUGCUGUCACCACCUCCAGUUAACCCAGAGCCCCAAUUUAUUGCUGCAACCGCUGCAGCCCAGAUUGUAUCCACAGACCAAAACCUCAAUGGUGUAAACCCAUCGGCUGGCACCAUUGGUGCUUCCGUCACCCGAUCGUCCCUUACUCUCCUUAACCGUUUCCUAGACAACCUACUUUUCAACAUCCUUGUGGCCGCCAAAUCUACGAAAUUGAAUGCCAUCAGACCAGCAUUGGCUGAAGUACUGAAACCAAGACUUGCAAAGGAGGUUGUUUCUGCAGCGGAUGAGGAACUAAGUGAAUACAUGGGUGGUGGAGAAGAUGAGGAGCUAUCUGACUUUCGUGGAGGCCGCGAGCCAGCUGGACAAUUUGAGCUCGAGAGGUCAUGGAAGCUUACUCGCUUGCGAUGCAUGGUAUACACCCGAUUGGGCGACAUGGAAGAGGAAGAUGAGGAAGAACAUCUACGUCGAGAGGGGCUAAGUGAGACGAAUGUUGGUCCGGCACGCUUUUCCAAUUAUAUUGGCCACAUAACACCCGCCGCUGCCAUAUUUCUUACCUCAAUUCUGGAGUAUAUCGGUGAACACUCGUUAAUAAUUGCUGGCGACGCGGCGUCUGCUCGAAUGAGAUCAGGAAGGUCCAGCAGAUCCCGGGACGAAAAUUCCGAUGCGCCAGAUGUCGAGAUAUUAGUAGUCGAGGAUAUGGACAUGGAGAAGCUAGCACUUAACCCUACACUUGGCCGGCUGUGGCGUAUGUGGAGGAAAAAUGUAAGGACUCCCAUGCUCUCCAGAACGCUUUCGAGAGAAUCUAUGUCGCGGCGGGGUCUUCUUCCUCUGAGAGGCACCAGUAGAGCAAGCAGUAUCGCAACAAUAGAAGAGCCACCCGCCAUCCAAGCACUCCAGAAGACGGGCGCGACUGCACUGGGGGAAGAUUUAAAUCCGGCAGAUAUACCCAUCCCGGUCUCCGAAAAUGACGUGGAUGAAAUUGAAGUCCCUGGAUUUACUACCGAACUCUCAAUAGCCAUUCAAGCACGGUCAUUACGCCCUCGAAGCCUCCUUAUUUCCGGAUCUGAUUACGCCUCCACAUCGUGCCGAUCAACCUCAAACUCAACGGGGCUGCGAGGCAAUAUAAGUCAUUCUCGCUCCAAGUCAUUGCCAUCCUCGCCAUCCCAACGGCUGCAGUCAGAUGGGUAUUUUCACUUUGGCCUCAACUCGGGCGUCGGUUCUGUUAAAGAUGAACAGAAUCAUCUGGAGACGAUGAUUGAAGAUGACGAGCUCACCGACAAACCUUCGGGAACAAAAUCUAGUCCACCUGAAAUCCCUCCUCGUAGUAAACAGCGCCAAGACGCCGCAGAUAUUGAAUGCGAUGCUGAAAGCAGUGGCCAUUCUGAAAUCUUGACCUCUGCAUCCACUGAUCAGCUGCAUCGUCCAAAAUCACCAAAUGGAAUACUCAAUGCGAAGCUUCAAUCGCAAAGGGGCCAAGAACAGCCUGCUCGCCAAGGUCUCGAAAGUGAAAAUAACCAUCCUCCUGGAUUUUCCAAACACGCACAUGAUGAUACGAAUAGUGAAAAUCUUCACACCAAACAAGGGCUUCAAUAUCAAAAUAGAGACCAUAUCGUCAAAAUCGGUCGGAAACACCACGCCCCGGUACCCAUAGUUUCCGAGGAUGAUGACUCCAGUCCUUCGGACCAAUCCAAUAUCGGACAAGGUCAUGCGCACUACGUUUCUUCUCAAGAUUCAAUCGUGGAAACAUCCUUUGUUGCCGAAACAAACAGAGCUUCAUUCCUGCCCUCUCGACUCAGUCCACAUCAGGAGGUUGUCGACAGCUCAAGCAGCAGCCCUAAUCAAGAUUCUCCACAUUCGUUUUCGGGCCACCGGUCGAUUAACACAAGCCAAAACGGACAAACUCUUUCCCGAAGUAAUUCGCGGAGACAUACCAAAACUUCUAACGGCGGGAAUAUAACCCCUCGCUACACACCGAAUUCCGCUGUUUCGGUGGGGUCUGAGCGGGCCGCAGUCCAGCGUGUUUCUCCUCCUCCCCCUGCAACUCCUCGUGAUUCAAGUUCCAAACCUCGCCGCUCUCUGAGCAUCGGCAGCCAUCGGGAUAAGCGGCCGAUAACUUCAGGAUCCGCUACCUCACAGGUUUCCAGUAAACUGUUAAAGGGCCUGGUAGGACGGCAGCCCAAUGACCACGAUUCAAGGAUUCCUUUUCCAAUACGCACUUCUACAGACACAAACUCAACUCUGUCUAAAUUUGCAGAAACUGUUGCGGACCCUUCUAACUUGGACCAACUGAUUCAAAGUGACGAAACUAUACAUUUCACUCUUACCCCGCGAAACAUGAGAGAGAUGGAGGAUUCAAAUUCUCCGAGAUGGGAAACCAUGCGAAGUGAUGCAACCGACACGGACGAAUUUGUGAAAAAGACUAGUGCCACUGGUGAGGCACAAUCGGACGGUAGAAGACCAAGCGUUUCUUCCUCCAAAUUGAAUGGGCUGCGCAUACACUCUCCGUCUACUGCUUCACCUAACAAGUCCACGUUUGUAGAGUCUUCUGUUGUAAAAUCGAACCGGCCCCAGUCAUCUAUUCACAAAUCCGCUACACCGCAAGCACGGGAUCCUAGAGUAGAAAGAGAAUCCCUGAGGGACCUUUCGGAAUUUAUUAGAUCAACUGGGCCUGAUCAAACCCCAGCAGCUCCAAUAAAUCAUUCAAAGCGUACUACCAGUUUAAUUAACAGCAACAGUGGACAGACUACCCGGAAGUUGAGUUUGAGUGGCAGCGGGACUUCAUCAAUGACAUCGUCUCGCGCCUCACACACUCUUACCAAAGAAAUGCCAAAAAGGACAGCUCCGCGCUUAGAAGCUAGGCCAGCGGUAACGCCAAAGGACAAUGGCACGUCAGAUCUGAUCGAUUUUAUAAGAGAAGGGCCACAAGACGGCUUGCAUCGAAUUCCCAGGACGGUCGCUCCUUUUCGUACAACAAUGGAUUCGGAUGAAUUCCUGCUGAACCCUGGCCGUGCUCAUCGUGAUCCCGGAAAACAAAGCUACGCUCCAAGCUCGCAUACAGACUCAGCCACGACGAAAUCCGGCCCUUCCUCCUUCAACUCGCGCACCGGCUUGCUCGAUUCCACAAACCGUGCCAACAUUCGAACACAGCCCAGCUCACCAGCUCCAGGCGGCGCCCUGGAUACUGGAGAACGUGCUAUGCCACCCAGAAAGCAGCGACGAGUGAAAGAUCCCUAUGCCAUCGAUUUCGAUAGUGACGAUGAUGAUUUUGAAACCGAACUCCUGUCUGGAGGCCUGAAAGCCCAUAAAGAGGAGGAAGAGAGCUUAGCUGACUUCCUACGCAACGCUCCUCCACCCCCUGAUCUUGACCAAGCCCCCCAGCUUCUAUCCGUCAAUAUGAAUGCGACAAAUAAGCCGAAAAUGAAGAGUUCGACAUCCAUGAGAACACGGCUAAUGCGCGCUACGUCUGUGGACAAAAUCCCAUCGACUAAACUAUCGCGAUCAUCUCUCCGUUCCUAUAAAUCAAACGCCACUACCGUCUCGUCCCCAGUAGGCCCUGCGGUCUCGAUUCCGGAGACAACUCGGCUCAAAGUCUCUCGCUCGAAUUCUCAUAUCAAAGGGAGUUAUUCGCCACAGUCGUCUUAUAGAGCUCGUGCCAAUACUCAAUCAAACGGCGGAAUGAAUGGAGUUCAACGCUCGCAGAGAAGUCCUCCCAGAGGCUAUCAAACUUCGACAGCGGAGUUGGCAGACUUCUUAAAGAAUACCGGACCGCCUGAGCCAGUAGCUCGGCCGGGUUCCCGGUCAUCAUUCAGCGAGGAAAGGGAGAAGGGGAACGGCGGCUCCUUUACUAGGAUGUUUUCGCGGAUGAAGAAACAGACGGUGUAAACUCUUUCUUUCUCUUCUAUGAUCUAUCUUUCCUUGUUUCUUUAUUUUAAGAGUUGAUAUUGGACCCAUUUCAAUGCCAUUCAUGUAUAGCUAUUAUGUUGGUCAGUUUCCUCCUAUUUUUGUAAAUUCGGAUAUUCACACCGUUUGUCUUUUUCUCCGAAAGCGUGAUUUUGAGCACAUCAAAACGCCCUACCUUUCGGCGAAGAGGACGAUCUAUUCUGAAUAAUGUCUCCCUGUACCUAUCUUGUGUUGCUCUUCUACUCUACGACUUUUAUUUGGUCACUUGCCUUGAUCAUUUGUUC